AUGGCUGGCACUGCUUCUCGUUUCGUUCAUCAGCUUCACCGGCCGGACUUGCACCUCCAGAGACACCCAGAAAAUGAAGAUGACAACAAUCAGAAUCAUUUUUCCGGUGACCAACACGAUGAAGGUGGCCACCAGGGGCUUGAAUUCAUCACUGGAAACGCCGGUCCCGGCGAUAUUGUUGCUCGGAGACCUAGAGGCAGACCACCCGGGUCGAAGAACAAGGCUAAACCUCCUGUAAUUAUCACAAGAGAGAGCGCAAAUACACUCAGAGCUCAUAUCUUGGAGGUUGGCAAUGGGUGUGAUGUUUUUGACUGUGUAGCCACCUAUGCUCGGCGGCGACAGCGCGGGAUCUACAUACUAAGCGGCAGCGGCACCGUGGCGAAUGUGACUCUCUUGCAGCCAGCUGGUGGUUCCGUAGUCACUCUACAAGGGAGGUUCGAUAUACUAUCACUGUCCGGAUCUUUUCUGCCGCCACCUGCGCCGCCUGGUGCGACGAGUUUGACAAUAUUCCUGGCUGGCGGACAAGGCCAAGUCGUCGGAGGUAGUGUGGUGGGAGAGUUGACGGCGGCAGGGCCGGUUAUAGUGAUUGCGGCGUCAUUCACGAAUGUUGCCUAUGAGAGAUUGCCCUUAGAUGAGGAGGAGCCACUUCAGAUUCAGCCACCAGUAUCUCAGGCUUCCGGUGGUGUUGCCACUGGCGGAGGCGGAGGUGUCAACCACAACCCAUUUCCAGACCCAUCUUCCGGACUUCCAUUCUUCAAUUUGCCUCUCAAUAUGCCUAAUUGUCAGUUACCAGUUGAUGGUUGGUUGGCAAACUCUGCUGGUCGCCCAUUCUGA